GAUCCAUUCUGCACUCGCACGCUGGAGACGCGAGCGUUGCCCUCAAGCACAAGAGGGGCCUGGUCGCUACAAUAAUGAAUUCUCUCUUAAAAUACUUAUUGAUACUUCUGGGACUUAUCUCAGUAAUAAUCAACAUCGUGUUGAUAUGCUUAAAUUCAAAUAGGCUUCCAAAAUGCAUGUCCCAGCCGCAGGAGUCCCUAAAAGUCAGACACUCAGAUAAAAGUCUGGUUUUUGCCGACCUAACACCAGAGGAGUACAAGUCUGUUCGCGACUACAUGUGGGCACAAAAAGAGUUAAAGAUCUCCCAUUCGUUGUUAGCAAAGCCCUCGGAGAAUUACCUCUUUUUAAUUGACCUCUCGCUGCCGAAGAAGGCUGAUGUGCUGCGCUACUUGGAUUUCAACGGAUCGAAGCCCGCCCGCUACGCGAGCGUCGUUGUGUUCUACGGCGAGCGCAGGUACCUGAAGGAGUACGUGGUGGGACCGUUACCUGGUCCACUACUUCAUCACGAUGUUACUAAGGAGAAAUACAAUACAACGGAGUUACCCUUCACAGCCCGCACGGUGACAAUCGGAGAGUAUGCGCAGCUUUUCACGCUCCUUAAUGAGGUUUUUCAAAAACUUCAAGACCCUCUGAGAGAAAGUUUUGGUUACAUCCCAAAAAAAAGGGAACUGCUGCCGUUUGAAGGAAUGCCGAGAGGCAUCAAAGAUGGUGACCGCAAGACCUGGAUCUCUUUUUUCCGCGAUUACAGCGGCAUGUACAUCCAUCCUGUGGGCUUCGAGAUCCUGAUUAAUCACGAAAGCAGCAACGCGACAAACUGGACAGUUGACAAGUUGUUGUACAAUGGUCAAUACUUCAACACCAUUAAUGAGUUUCUGACAACUUACAAAGCGGGUCGUUUAAAAAAGAUAACUUUCAAAGAAAUCCCAAAUUACGCUUCACUGAAGCCAAAGAACAAGCCUUCUGGUUUAGGACCACAGCAGUAUUAUCUUCAAGGGAAACGUUACAGCGUUAAAAAUAACCAGGUGAUUUAUCUGGAGUGGAGCUUUGCGUUUGGGUUGAGCUCUCUGACUGGGAUGCGGGUGUUUGAUAUUCGGUUUAGAGGCGAAAGGAUUGCUUACGAGCUCAGCGUGCAGGAGGCGAUGUCUGUCUACGGCUCUAUCACACCUGGGAUGAUCCUCACGAAGUUCCUGGACUCAAGUAUCGGAAUCGGCCGCUUCGCUCAUGAGCUUGUACGUGGGAUCGACUGUCCGUACGCCGCCACCUAUGUAGACACGUACCGCUAUAUUGACACAAACGUCACGCAGCGUUUCAGAAACUCCAUCUGCGUUUUUGAACAUGACAUUGGGCGACCUUUGCGACGACACUUCUCAGAUUUCUUUCAUAAUGGUUUUGGUGGGAUGGCAAACAGCGCUCUGGUGUUCCGCACUAUUACUGCUAUCGGGAACUAUGAUUACGUAUGGGACUUUAUUUUCUACCAGAGCGGCUCCGUGGAGGCGAGAGUUCACGCCACUGGCUACAUUACAUCCUCCUUUAAGGAUGAUGGAAACUUGAAGUACGGACACCAGGUUGCAGAGAACGUCCUUGGAAACAUCCAUACUCAUUUUAUCAACUUUAAAGUCGACCUGGAUAUUUUAGGUGUGAGGAAUAUUUUUCAGACUAAAGACAUGGUGUAUGAGGAAGUGCCAUUGCCAUGGAUGCCUUCGGAGAAAGCAAAGAUACCACAACUGGUGGAGAAUCAACUCAAGACAGAAAAAGAAGCAGCGUUGCUUCACAGUGCCAAAACACCCCGUUACCUUCAUAUAGCCAGUGAUAAAACUAAUCGCUGGGGCCACAAUCGCUCUUACAGGCUUCAGGUGGUGAGCUUUGCUGGCGAUCACCUCCCUGAAAGUGAGUCCACAGAGAAGUCCAUGUCCUGGGCUCGGUAUAAAGUUGCUAUAACCAAGCAUAAAGAUAACGAGCAGACUAGUAGCAGUCUGUACAGUCAGAAUUACAUGUGGUCCCCAUUCGUUGACUUCAGUAAAUAUAUUGAAGAUGAUGAGGCGAUCGUCAAUGAGGACUUAGUUGCCUGGGUGACCGCGGGUUUCCUGCACAUUCCGCAUGCAGAAGACAUCCCCAACACGGUUACUGUAGGCAACGGUGGCGGUGUCAUCCUUAGGCCGCACAACUAUUUUGAUGAAGAUCCGUCCAUCCACUCACCUGAUGGAAUGUAUUUUAGUCCAGGCACUGAGAGUGACUGUGAGUACAACAAAAUUGCGUGUCUGGAAAAGGAUCAGUGCAGCUCUACACUGGAGCCGUUCACUUACCACGGCUUUGAAGGUGUUAUGAAGUUUGAGUAAGGGUCUUAAUUCAGAUUGUAAUAUAUGUAUGCUGUUACAGUCUUGUUUAAACAUUCACAGUAGUAUAUCCUCUAUCCUCACUCACUUACGCUAGUUAUUCAUUUUGACUAGGCAGUUUCCUGCUUUUGUAGUUGUUUAUGUAAAUAUUAUGAAUAUUCUCUAUGUUUGUAUUAAAAUGAUUGUGUGAUUGUGUUUUAGACUCAGAUUAGCAUAUUAUUUAGGUUAUAUCCUUCCGCUCUUUAGGCAGUGUAUUUUUGUGAAGGGUCAUUUUUAUAAUACUGUGUAAACUCUUUCUAAAGAGAGAUUUAGGAAGAUUUAGAAAGACUGAUAAAACACCUCUUAUGCACCAUUAUGAAAAUGUUCAUCUAUGCAAUAAAAUCUGAUGGGUAACUACA